AGUGACUGCUAGUGACUAGUGAACUAGUGCGCGCACGCACACACACACGUGCGCGCUUACAAAAUGAUGAAAAGGUGUAAGGAAACAGUACCGCGACCAUUGACAAUUGACUUGUUGAAUUUAAGCUGAAAUAUCUUUAAAGAAUAAAUACAUUAUAGAAAGAUUAAUAUAAAUAGAGUAUUAAAAUAGUGUAAAGAAUGUUAUAUUAGUUUAGUCUUGUGUUAUUCUUCUACGGCCGAUUUCGUAAGACAAUGACGUUAGGUUAUGCAGAACUGUCAAAACAAUUACGAUUACUUUAAAAUCACCAACGAUUGAUACUUGAAGUUUUUAAUCGAAGCGUAUAAUGGACCUUGGUGAUUUAAUAUUAAUUCCGAAACUCGACAAUGUCGUGUUAAUUGACAAAAGUGAUGGAAAUAGUAAAUCCAAAGAUGGAACAUUAUGUAUCAGUAUUCACCAUCUUCUUUGGUCUUCGCGACAAGACGAUAAACAAGAACUCUGGCUCCUCUAUCGAAAUGUUGAUCUGAUAGAGAAAAAGUUAAGUACGCAAAGUUCCGGGGGUAGUAUCAUAUUAAAAUGUAAAGAUUUUCGAAUCCUUCAAUUAGAUAUUAUUUCGACAGAUGACUUAACAAAUGUUGUAUUAUCCAUAGAAAAGUUAAUGUCGCAAGAACAAACCUUACAGUAUCCUUUUUUCCAUAGACCACAAAUUGCUAAUAACAUUAUGGUACAGCUAGAAGAUGGUUGGACAGCAUUCACUCCUGUUUCAGAGUGGUCUAAAUUACUAACUGCCCACGCAGAUGAAUGGCGCAUCAGUUAUUUAAAUAAAGACUAUAAAGUUUGCAAUUCUUAUCCUUCGGCUGUUAUAGUACCUCGUCACAUAGAAGAUAAAAUUAUUAUAUCUUCUGCUCGUUUUAGAGAAGGCGGAAGAUUUCCUGUUUUAUGUUACAGGCACGAAGGAGGGAGUAUCUUAUUAAGAAGUAGCCAACCAAUGUGCACCCUUAUCGGUAAAAGGUGUAAAGAAGACGAAAGAUUAUUAAAUGCCGUGUUAGGUCCAGGAAGACGUGGUUACAUUGUAGAUACAAGAUCUAUUAACCACGCUCAAAGUUCAAGAGCCAAAGGUGGUGGUACGGAAAUGGACGCUGCUUAUCCGCAGUGGCGGAAAGUGCACAAAACAAUUCCUCGUCCCCACGACUUAGCAGACAGUUUUUUUAAAUUGAUUGAAGCUUGUAACGACAUAACAUGUUCUACUUCUCAAUGGUUAUCGCGACUAGAUAACGGUGGAUGGUUAUCCGCCGUACAAAGUGCUUUAAAUGCUGCUUGCGUAACUGCUCAGUGUCUUCAUCAAGAAGUUGCAGCUGUGUUAGUUCAUGGAGGUGCAGGUAGAGAUUGUACUUUAGUGGUAACUAGCUUAACGCAAGCAAUAUUAAAUCCUGACUGCAGAACAGUACGUGGUCUUCAAGCUUUGAUCGAACGCGAAUGGAUACAAGCAGGACAUCAGUUUUUUAGCCGCACGCGUCACGGCCCAUAUCAUCCAGCGAAUUCACAAAAUUCAACUCAUGCCCCAACUUUUCUUCUCUUUUUAGAUUGCCUUUAUCAACUUCAUUAUCAAUUCCAAUUUAGCUUCGAGUAUACGAUUGAAUUAUUGAUCGAAUUAUAUAAUCAUGCAUACUGUUCUGAUUAUGGAACAUUCCUAGGUGACACAGAAGCAGAGAGAGUCAGACUUCGAUUAUCAGAACGAACUUCUAGCUUAUGGUCGUACAUAAAUCAACCAGAAAUAUUAGAGAAAUGGUUGAAUCCUUUAUACGAACCAAAUCCAGGCGUUAUUUGGCCUAGUGUUGCGCCAAUUAGUAUUCAAUUAUGGAAAGAACUUUAUCUUGCUCGUAUAAGCAUUGCUCCAUGGAAAGGUUUAUUGCCUUGCAUAAAACAAAUAAAACAAAAUUAUACAGCAAUACGAAAAGUUGCUGGACAACUGCGGGUUCAGAUCAAACGAGCAGUAGACGAAAUACGUUCAGAUCCUGAAGACGAGCAUACUCGCAUAGCACAAUUAAGUUUAGAAUCCCAAAACACAUGAUAUAUAGGUUACUGAUAUUUAUCAACAAAACAAAUUUCUCUUACAUAAUAUGUUAUCGCUAUACUUUUCUUUAUGACGUGUGAAACUAACACAGCAAAUUCAUAUAUUUCUAAAAUAUCUCAUUUUGUAUAAUUUUUUUUCUCCUUCUUUUUAGAUUUAUUUAACCAAUAUAAGGUUGAGAUAGACAGACAUGUGUUAUUUCCAUACAGAAUUCAUUCGUUGCAUUUGUACCUAUAAAAUACAAAAGUAAUUUCAUUGUCAUUGUUUAUAUUAUAUAUAUAGACGCGGUAAUGUUUCCGCACAGAAUGCACAAUUUAUUGAUGCACUGUUUGUUGUAUGUAGAGUGCAAAGGAUUUAACAGAAAAAAACAUUUUUCAAUGAAUAUAUGAGACUAUGCGCGCGCGCGCGCGUGUGUGUGUAUGAAAUCGUGAAUGUAAUGACUUAAAAAGUUUUAUAUAAACUUUUAGAAACGGUCAAUUUUAUUUUCGAAAUCUUUGUUCAAACGAAAAAUUGAUAACCUUUUUAACAUAUAGGCAAAUUUAUACUGUUAUUUAGAUAGGCUGAUGAGGGAUACGAGAAAACGAAAGAUCCUUGGUGAAGAAAUACGGCAGAUGUACAUUACGAUAAACAAUCUUAUACAAGAUUUGUGUCUACCAAAAUAAUUUUAAGACAAACAAACAUUAAAAGUAA